CAGCACUGACACAGUACGUCUGGAAAACGUGCGUCAUAAAUUUGUUAUCUGUUAUUUAAACCGCGAGUAUGGUGAAGUCUAAAAGAUUUGUGUUCGCGCGUCAGUUUGAGGGACUGCCGAAGGAGUCGGACUUUCAACUGGUGGAAGAGGAGACUCCAGAGCUGAAGGAUGGCGAAAUCCUGGUUGAGUCACUCUUCAACAGCGUCGACCCGUACAUGCGACCUUAUACGAGACGCCUUCCAACGGGUAUAACCAUGAUCGGUGAAGGAUGCGGUCGGGUGAUUGAAUCCAAAAGUUCCGACUUCCCCGUGGGUACCGUCGUCAUGCACCGUUAUGGCUGGUGCACCCAUGCCGUGCUGGACACCAAAAACAAGGAUCCUCAAAACAUCAUUAGGAAGGCCCCGGCAGACUACCCGAAGGACCUGCCGCUGUCUCUCCUGCUGGGAGCCGUCGGGAUGCCUGGCAUGACUGCCUACUUCGGUUUGCUGAAGUUGUGUGAGCCAAAGGAAGGGGAGACGGUCUUUGUCAAUGGUGCCGCGGGUGCUGUCGGUAGUCUUGUCGGCCAAAUAGCUAAGAUCAAGGGCUGUAAGGCGGUUGGCUCUGCCGGAAGUGACGCAAAGGUGGCCUGGCUGAAGGAACUCGGCUUUGACGCCGCCUUCAACUACAAAACUGUGUCGUCAUUGGACGCUGCUCUGAAGGAAGCAGCACCCAAUGGGAUUGACUGUUACUUUGACAAUGUGGGAGCAGACUUCAGCAGCACCGUGCUGAACCACAUGAACCUGUUCGGACGUGUGUCCAUCUGUGGCAGCAUCUCAACUUACAACGACAACGAGCCGGCUAAAGGUCCCUAUCCUUUCGUGACGAUUCUGUCCAAGCAGCUGACCGUCACUGGGUUUAUCGUCACUCGCUGGAUCAAGGAAUGGCCAAAGGGAAUGGAACAAAUGGUGCAAUGGAUCAAGGAGGGAAAGAUCAAGUACAGGGAACACGUGACCGAAGGUUUUGAAAACAUGCCCAAAGCUUUCAUCGGCAUGCUUGUGGGAGAGAACACCGGUAAGGCUGUCGUUAAGCUCUGAGGCGAUAGCAAGACGAGCCAACUUAAUGCCCAGCUUAAUGUAAAUUUAAAGAAGAGUUCUUAAGCUUCAAAUUGAUUGACAGAGCUGCCGUGUUAUAUUGUCAUUCUCACACCGUCUGUUAAUAUUAUGAUUUGUAUACGAAAUGCUGCACAUUAGCGUAAUGAUCACAAACGUUACGAAAGAGUAUUACUAAGCAGAUCUUUAUUAACUAACAAGCAAUAUAGAAAUGUUAAAUAUGUCUUUUACGACAUCACACGUCCGUAUUGAUACUUGUCUUGAAAACCAUAUUCAUUGCAUGCUCAUUUUUUGAGAUUUUCGGAUAUUUUAGAAAACAACGUGUACAUGACAUACCAAUCACCUGAGCAUUAAAAGUGCUGUUUAAGCUCGCUUUAUAGUAUGAUAGGAUUAGAAAGUGUACAAAAGAUUGGCCUGUGGUAUAUGAUUCAUAGGCAUUUUCUGCUUGAUAUGUACAGCUUGAUAUGAUUUGAUAUGACAGAAAACGUUUUGGAGUCACAAAAAAGCAGGAAAAUAAACAUCUUUUAGAAAUGUUA